AUUGGUUCUCCAGGUGUUGGGCUGGUCUGAACUCUCAUCUCUCGCUGCUCUCAUCUCCUUUCUGUGCGAUCUCCCCCCAAAUCCUGCGCCGAACCGUGCAAUCCCCUCCCUCCCCUGAGAUCGGCCCAUCACGCGCCGCCGAGUCGCCGACGCGUCCACAAACCGCCGCCCCACGCGCGUCUCCGCCGUCGCCGUUCCCGUUCUUCCUCGCCGGGACGUCGCGGCGUUCCUGCUGUUUCCACCCCCGUCCGCAGUCGACUUUCGCCAUUGGGUUCUGAGUGAAGAAGAAAACCUCUGUGGCGUCCAGGACUGCUCGCUCGCGCGCUCCCUUUACCAACAAAAUAUAAAAGAAAAGGUGCCUGUUGGCAGUGAAAGUAAGAGGACUAGACAAGAAGAAAUAAGAAUGGGAAAGGGAGAUGGGACCACCAGGUCCAAAUCUCAGAAAUCGUCAGCAACACAGAAUGAACAGAGUACACCUACUAAUCCUCCUACAGCAUAUCCUGAUUGGUCUCAGUUUCAGGCGUACUAUAAUGUCCCUGGUACAGCUCCAAUGACCCCACCGGCUUUUUAUCAUUCAGCUGUGGCCCCAAGUCCUCAGGGGCACCCGUACAUGUGGGGUCCACAGAUGAUGCCUCCUUACGGGACACCACCACCAUACGCAACUAUGUAUGCUCAAGGCACACCGUAUCAGCAGGCGCCUAUGCCACCGGGUUCACACCCAUACAGUCCUUAUCCUGUUCAAGCAUCAAAUGGGACAGUUCAAACUCCUCCAUCUGGUGCUGGCGGAUCAGAGACAGACAAGUCUAGCAAAAAUAAGCGGAAGACUCCUUUGAAGAGAUCCAAAGGAAGCUUAGGUAGUCUGGAUGUAGUUACAGUGAAAAACAAAAUGUCACCUGCGAAACCUUUAGCUUCAUCCUCAAAUGAAGGUUCCUCACAAAGCGAGAGUGGAAGUGGAAGUUAUUCUGAAGGAAGCAGUACAAAUUCCAAAAGUGGUUCACGGACAAAGGAUGAGCAUGGCCAGGGUAACGAUGCUAGCAACAAAGGAGCCACUGCUAGCUCUGCAGUUGAGCCCACACAGGUGUCUUCUGGGCCGGUUGUGCUUAACCCUAUGAUGCCAUAUUGGCCUGUUCCCCCUCCCAUGGCUGGCCCAGCUGGCCCAGCAACUGGUGUAAACAUGGGGAUGGAUUACUGGGGUGCUCCUACUUCUGUACCCAUGCAUGGUAAAGUUGCUGCAGCACCAACGUCAGCUCCUUCGUCAAAUUCACGUGAUAUUAUUCUCAGUGAUCCUGCCAUAAAGGACGAGCGAGAAGUAAAGAGGCAGAAACGAAAGCAAUCAAAUAGAGAAUCAGCUCGCCGUUCAAGAUUGCGCAAGCAGGCUGAAUGGGAGGAAGUAGCCAAUCGAGCUGACUUGCUAAAGCAGGAGAACAGUUCACUUAAAGAAGAAUUGAAACGACUUCAGGAGAAGUGUGAUAGCUUGACCUCAGAAAAUACAUCUCUGCAUGAAAAGCUUAAAGAGCUUGAUGGUGAGAAAUCAAAUGGAAAUUCGUGUAAACAGUGAAGGCUGUGGCUUCACUUUCUGACUGCUGAUAUAAAUUGGAGGUGACAUGAUAGGUCCGACAAUUAGGAGGUAUUCAUAUAUGCUAUUAGAUUUUUGGCUGAGAUGGUAGGAUUGUAUCAUAGGAUUCGACGUGGUGUCUACAGAUUCUUCUUCCAGUUGCCGCAGCUGCUGUGAUGUAUGCCUGUUCUGUUCUUGUGUGAGAUGCUACCUAGCACUAUGUAAAGAUCCCCAGGUGAUGUUUGAAACUUUGGGGGAAUAGCUUACAUCACGAGUGCUUGUUGUAGAGCUGCUCAUUAAGCUUGUUGACUUGAACUGAUGAGUGUUAUAGUUAUAAUUUAUCCAUUAAGAGGUACUAAUUUGUAUACUGUACUGGUGACUAAUAUCAAAGGAACUCUGUUGCAUUCUGCACU